AUGCGGCCACCGCCCGUGCGAGCGCGGCUCCCGCGCGCCCUGAUGCUGCUGGCUGCGCUCCUGGCCACCGGCCGAGGGCUACCCCUGAGGAAGCGGGGUCCCGGGCCCCACGGCCACUCGAGGAUGCUGGAGGCCUCGCCUGCCCCAGAUCCUGGCUCUACCCAAGAUAAGGAGGUAACACUGGAAUUUGCUGGAGACCAUCUGCAAGCAGAACCGUGUUACCCUGGGUGUCAGACCCUUCCUGAGCCAGCAGCUCUGACUCUGGGUACAGCCACACCUCCUGAGACCCUAGAACACACACCCCUGCUGUUGGAGCUGAAGAAGCUGCCAGGAUUGGCCAACACGGACUUGAGUGCCCCAAACCCCAAUAUCCAGGUGACCAUCGAGGUGGUGCAGGACCCCCAGGCUGAGGUAGAGAUGGACUUGCCUUCUGAACCUAGAAGUCUCUGGCCUCUGCGCCUUUCUGGCUGGCUGCCCACCAGGGAGCUCUUCUGGCCCCUCUUCUGGGGCUAUCAGGAAGGUGAAGAAGGAGGCGCCAGCCUCAGAGACACGGCCCCAGGGGAAGUAGGGGAGGAAGAAGAGAAGGGUUAUGCUACAGAGUACGGUGAUGCUGAGGACCAGGAGGGCAGUGAAGAAGACCAGGAGGAGGAGCCUUGGUCCAGUGGGGACACAGACAAGUGGGACUAUGGCUGGUUGGGUCCUCAGGACCAGGACUUCAAGGAACCAGACAGUUAUGACUAUGAACCUCAGGAGGAGUGGAGCACCUGGUCUCCCUGCAGUGGAAGCUGCACCAGCGGCAACCAGCAGAGAACUCGUCCCUGCGGCUACGCCUGUACUGCCACAGAGUCCCGGGUCUGCGACCUGCCCCCCUGUCCUGGCACCGAAGACGAGCACACCUUGGGCUUUCCCAGUGAGGGGUGGCAGCCCCUAGCCCACAAUGCUACGGAUAUGCUUGAUCCAGAUGUGGACAGCUGUGAGAAGUGGCUGAAUUGCAAGAGCGACUUCCUAGCCAAGUACCUGAGCCAAGUGCUCCAGGACCUGCCCAGCUGCCCGUGCGCAUACCCUCUGGAGGCUGUGUACAGUGCCGUGAGCCUGCAGGAUGAACGGCGGGGCCGCAGCUUCCAGUGGCGGGAUGCCAGUGGCCCACGGGAGCGCCUGGACAUCUACCAGCCCACUGCACGCUUCUGCCUUCGCUCUGUGCUGUCAGGCGAGAGCAGCACGCUGGCGGCCCAGCACUGCUGUUAUGACGAAGGUAGCCGCUUGCUGACCCGAGGCAAGGGGGCUGGAGCUCCAGACCUAGUCAGCACUGACUUUUCACCCGAGUUGCACUUCAAGGUCGAUACGCUGCCCUGGAUCCUAUGUAAGGGGGACUGGAGUCGCUACCACACCGUCCGCCCCCCCAACAAUGGCCGGGCCUGCGCAGACAACCCACCGGAGGAAGAGUACCUGGCCCAGUUGCAGGAGGCCAAAGAGUACUGA